AUGCAAGGAAUUGAUACGGACGAGAAAGCCAAAGAUUUGCAAUAUACAAAUGCUAAUCAAGAUUCAAUCUAUAACGAUGCUAAUCAAGAUUCAAUCCAUAACGAUGCUAAUAAAGAUUCAAUCCAUAACGAUGCUAAUAAAGAUUCAAUCCAUAACGAUGCUAAUAAAGAUUCAAUCUACAUCGAAGCUAAUGGGAAAAUUCAUGAUGAAGAAAAAAAUAUCGAAAAAAAAUUGGUGGAUAAUGACAUAGCUGAAAUGAUAUCAGCUGCCGUUAGUACAGACGAUGAUCCAACUUUGCCUUGUUUAACUUUUCGAUAUUGGGUUUUAAGAAGUUCUCAUAGAGGUGCCGGAAUGCUUAAUUUAUCCUUUGAUUGGAACGCUAUUGGUCAAGCUUCUCCCCUGUUUACACCAUGGUAA